UAACACUUUGUACUCCAUAUUAGUACAACAAAUUAUUUUAAUCUCUCAUCUUUAAAUGAUGGAAUAAUACAAAAUAUAAAAUAAAAAUUUUUCUUAUCAAUUUAAAUGUGAAUUUGUGCUAUUUCGUCCCAGUCCAUCACCUUCCAGGACAUAUUUGACCAAACCCAUCUCCACCAGCUCGUUUGUCCAACCGGACACGACUCGAUGGCAAGAGUUGGCCAAUCAGAGGCCACGACUUCCUGACCCGGUGGCGUAAUUGAUUUAAACAGGAAGUCAUUUGCAUUUGUGGCGCGAAUUUCAAACGCGUUGGUGGCGAUGUGGAGGCGGAUUAAUGUGGGCCCCAGGCAUGGCGACGCUCUUUGACGGGAUCAACCAGCACCUGGACUUCUCCAGCUGUGGGGAGGAGGCCGGCAGCAGCGACAACACCUCGGACGACGGCGGCCCCCGCUUCGGCAGCCCCGGCCUGGCGUGCAGAACCCCCCGCCCGCAGCGCCGCCACGCCCUGUCCUCCCCCUCACGCACCACCAGCCCCAUUCCCUACGCCUCCUGGAAGAAGCUCAGGCUGUGCGACUCCCCCAGCACCCCCAAGAGUUUGCUGGUCAAAUCGUCCCACACCCCCUCCAGCGUCAAGACAAGUCGGCACCAGAGGAGCCUGCGUUUCUCCUCGGCUGCCAAGAGCCUCAUUCAGGUCCCGUCCGUCAACGUGAACCCGUUCACGCCGGAAACGGUGCGCAGGAGCAGCGAGCGCCAGUGGAGGGACGGCGGGAGGAGCGACGAGGAGGAGGAGGACUAUCAGCACAGGUUGAAACACAGCCUCACGUCAUCUGAAGAGGACGAUGAGGCCUUCCUCCCACCAAAGAGGCGGGCGGUGCAGGCCCUCAUGCUGUCGCGCUACGAGAGCGAGUUCCUGGAGCUGGAGUGCAUCGGCGUGGGCGAGUUCGGGGCCGUUUACAAGUGUGUGAAGAGGCUGGACGGCUGCCUGUACGCCAUCAAACGCUCGCGCCGACCCCUGGCAGGCUCCGCCAACGAGCAGCUGGCCCUAAAGGAGGUGUACGCACACGCUGUUCUCGGCCACCACCCCCACGUCGUCCGCUAUUAUUCGGCCUGGGCCGAGGAUGACCACAUGAUUAUUCAGAACGAGUACUGUGACGGCGGAAGUCUGGGUGACGUCAUUGUGAAGAAGGAGGCCCGAGGAGAGAUCCUCAGAGAGGCCGAACUGAAGGAUCUGCUCACACAAGUGUCCAUGGGGCUAAAAUACAUCCACAGCUCGGGCCUCGUCCACCUGGACAUCAAACCGAGCAAUAUCUUCAUCUGCCAGUCUACUGGCAGAAACCCAGCAAGUGAUGAUGAUGAGGAUGAAGAAGAUGAUGAUGAUGAUGUAAACCCUUCAGCUGGAGUCAUUUACAAAAUAGGUGAUCUGGGUCAUGUGACUUCAUCCAGUCGUCCUGAGGUUGAGGAAGGGGACAGCCGCUUCCUGGCCAGUGAGGUUCUGCACGAGGAUUUCCGCCACCUCCCCAAGGCGGACAUCUUUGCCCUGGGCCUCACCGUUCUGCUGGCGGCCGGUUCGCCUCCUCUGCCACAAAACGGAGAUCAGUGGCACAGUAUCAGGGCGGGGAAUCUCCCAGAGCUGCCCCAGGAGCUCUCCCCCUCCUUCAGAGGUCUACUGCAGUCCCUGUUGGAUCCAGACCCGACCAGCCGGCCGUCUGCCAGGGAGCUCUGCAAACACCCCGUCCUGAGGGAAAAGAGGACGGAGAGGCUGGCUGACCAGCUGCGCACCGAGCUCAAUGUGGAGAGGUUCAGGACGGCUAUGCUUGAAAAAGAGCUCCAGGAGGCCCGACGGGCCGCGCUGCCCCCAAAGCAGAGCCCCUCUCCGGGGGUCAGGGCCCCCGCUAAGGUGGGGUCUCUGCCCAGAGCAGGGAGGAGGCUCGUUGGAAAGAAAGCCGGGCGAUCCAUGAGCUUCGGCUGCCUGGGGUAGGCGGUCUGAAGGGUAUUUCCUGUGACAUAAACGACUCUCCGGAACAAGUCUGUGGUUUAAAAAGAUACCAUGAGCCUGGGUGAUAUGGCGGGGAACCCCACGACAGCUAAAUUUUGAGUGAACAUGUGCAACCGAAAGACCAAGGACCUUUAGACCUCUUUAAUGGAGAAAUCUAACUCUGUGAAAUGUGCCUGACUGGUCAAGAUUUUUUUUUAUUUUUGCUUUUAACUGUAAAUAAACGUUUUUAUCAAGUGUAUAUAUCUUUUUAUCCAUUUUUUAGUGUGAACCUUGGGCUUGUUUUUGUCCAAGUGCUGCACUUGCUCAUUAAAGAGAGGAGGAAGAAACAUGGGGCUUUCCAGAAAGAGAAUUCUCUUAUCUACUGCUGCACUGAACUACAUGUUGAAGGAAGUAUGAGCUAUCGUGCCUCCUUUUUUUUCCAUGGAGUUUAUAUGACUUGCUCUCCCAAGCCAUGGUUUGAACAGUUAAAGAGCAAAUUGUUUUUUCCAAGGGUAACUAUCUUUGCAAGAUUGUGGAAACUACACCAUGAUUAAACAUUGACGCUGCCAAGUGCAUUUUUCAGUCGACAUUUUUCAGCCAGAUUUAGACGCUCAAUAGAUCAAGAGUUUCCACAGUGGA